AUGGCCGGCUCCCAGCUCAAGCGCCUCAAGGCGUCCCUGAGGGAACAAGGCAUCACGGGUCCUCAGAAGUCCAAGAAGCAGCGACGGAAGCAGGCUCAAGAGGAUCCUUCUCGCAACGACAAGCGUCUGCAGAGAGGCGUCGUUCUGGAGGGAAUUCGAGAGCAAUUCAACCCUUUUGACCUCAAGCAUGCCGCGCGCGGUCCCAAAUUUGAGGUGACUACCAACAGACCGAAGCCUGGAAAUGCCUCCAUCAAGGGACGUCCGGGUUUGGCCAAGGCAGCCGCCGAAGAAAAGCGCAAACAAACCCUCCUCGUGGACAUGCAGCGCCGAAACAAAGUUGGAGGCAUCCUCGAUCGACGAUUCGGCGAGAACGACCCGACCAUGACGCCCGAAGAAAAGAUGCUGGAACGAUUCGCCCGUGAGAAGCAGAAGGCGCACAAAAAGAGCUCUCUCUUUGAUCUCGAGGACGAUGAACCGAUGGAUGGCUUGACACAUGCAGGACGAUCUUUGACCUUUGACGACCAGGAGGAGCUGGUGGACGACUUCAACGAGGAUGACCUAGAGGAGGGCGAUGAGGACAGCGACGGUUCAUCACGCGAGAAGCGACUCAAGCGUCUGCGUGCAAUCAUCGCAGCUGGCGAAGAAGAGGCUGAGGAUGGCGAGCCGGAGCGCAAAAAGACGAAGAAGGAAGUCAUGGAAGAAGUCAUCGCAAAGUCCAAGCUUCACAGAUACGAGCGACAGGCAGCUAAAGACGAUGACGCCGACCUUCGGAUGCAACUCGACAAGGAGCUUCCUAAUAUCCAACAACUGCUUUCUACUGGCCUCAACGGUACAAAGCGACAGGAAACUGCCGCGCCGUUACCCACCAUUGCAGGUGUUGAGCGAGACGCCUUUGAAAAGAACUUUGAUAUCGAAGUCAAGCGACUGGCUCAGGAUAAGAGGGCGCAACCCUCCAAUCGCACCAAGACAGAGGAGGAGAAGGCUGAAGAAGAGUCCGCCCGGCUGAAGAAGCUUGAAGAGAAACGCCAGAAGCGGAUGAUGGGCGAGGAGGUUUCAGACAGCGACGAGGACGAGGAGGACAAGAAGCAGGAUAAGUCCUCCCGUGGUGCAGAGGCUGACGAAGAUGAUGAGGACGACGAUGGGUUUGGACUGGGACAUGGUAUCAAGGCUCGACCGACUGCAACAGAACUGGGCUUCGAUGAUGAGGACGACUUUGUCAUUGACGAUGACUUGGUGGCCAGCGGAUCUGAUCUGGAACUCGUCGAGAGCGACGACGACCUCGACGAUGAAGAGGAAGAUGAUGAGGGCUCCGCAGGCCAAGCUGGGGAUGAGGAAGAGGAAGAUGACGAAUUCACAAAGGGCCUGUUGAACGAAGCGGAAACCAAAAACUUUAUAUUCCAGGCAAACUUCGCUUCCAAUGACAAGAGCGACGAGAACGGACUCCCAUUUACAUUCCCCUGCCCGCAAUCAUGCGACGAGUUCGUGGCCAUCACCAAAGAGUAUGAUGCAGCGAAUCUGCCAAAGAUUGUCCAGCGAAUCCGAGCGUUGCAUCACCCCAAGCUUGACAGCAAGAACAAGGAGAAGCUGGCGAACUUUUCGGUAGCCCUGGUGGACUUUGUGGCUCUCCCGUGGGAUCCAAAGACAUCGCCGCCCUUCUCCGUCCUGGAGAGUCUCAUUCGUCACAUUCACUCUCUUGCCAAGAUGUUUCCAAUCGAGAUUGCAAAGCAAUUCCUCCAGCAUCUUGAAGAGAUCAGUGAGGACCGGCCCAUCGCAUUGCAGCCGUCAGACUUGACGCUCCUUACUGCCAUUGGGACGAUAUUUCCGACGUCGGAUCACUUCCACCAGGUCGUCACACCGGCCAUGCUGACGAUUGGCCGGUACAUUGGCCAAAAGGUGCCUCGCGAGCUGUCGGAUUACACCAUUGGAACGUUCCUCUCCAUUCUAUCCCUGCAGUAUCAGCAACUCGCCAAGCGAUAUGUCCCCGAGGUGAUCAACUUUGCCCUCAACACAAUCUGCUCGCUUUCGCCCACAGCCCCAUCACGUCCCUUGGGUAAUUUCCCGGUACAUGAACCCCCAGCCGGAAGCCGAAUACAGAAGUCCAAAACUGUUGAGCCAAGGCGUCUUAAUUUCGCCGAUUGCUUGCUCGAGACUUUGCAGCAAGACACCAAAGCCUUCAAAAUCUCCCUACUCACCACAACCAUCCAGGUGCUCGACGCCGCUGCAGACCUGUGGGCCGGAAAGCCUGCAUUCCUGGAGACCUUUGGCCAGGUCAUUGAGGUCCUGAACCAUAUAAACAGCAAGUCACAACGCGAGCACCUACCGGCGGCCGUCAGCGAGAGGUCAGAACGGCUGGAGGAGAAGCUGAAGCGAAUGUCCAGAGUGUCGCAGAUUUCGCGUCGCCCGCUGGAGCUCCACCAUCACAAGCCCCUAGCGAUCAAGACUUAUAUACCCAAGUUUGAGGAGACAUUCGAUCCCGACAAGCACUACGACCCGGACCGCGAGAGGGCGGAGCUGGCCAAGCUCAAGAAGGAGCACAAGAAGGAGCGCAAGGGCGCGAUGCGGGAGCUGCGCAAGGACGCCAACUUCAUGGCGAGGGAGAACCUCCGGAUCAAGAAGGCCAAGGACGAGGCGUACGAGAAGAAGUACAAGAGGCUCAUUGCCGAGAUCCAGAACGAGGAGGGACGGGAGGCGAAUGCCUACGAGCGAGAGGCAAAGGCACGGAAG